UCUCAGAUUCCCGGAAGAUUGUUGCUCGUCAACAUGGUUGAAGCAAAAAAGGGGUAAAACUGACAAUCAUGGUGGGUUAAUAAACUUCCUCUUUGUGUCUAUGAUAUUAAUUAGACAAGCAACCCAGAAUAUUUAGGAAAACACUGGAGUGAUAUGUCGUAUGUAUCUGUUAAGUUACCCGUGUAACUUCGAAAUUUAUUGAAGAACGUUGUAACAAAAGUGAAAGAUGUCCACCAUGGCGUCUGAAGUUGAGAUAUUCCGUGUCCUCGAAAGAGGUCUGGUUGUCACCAUCUUUUUCUCCAAAAGGAAACCUGAGAGGAAAACGAUGCAGGUCAAGUUGGAGACCAGGCAACUGGUGUGGAUUCGGGCGAUGGGUUCUAAACCCGAUGGAACGCUGAACCUUCGAGAAGUUCGUGAAGUGAGAGAUGGAAAGAACAGUAAAGACUUUGACCGCUGGCCAGAGGAAGCCAGGAAAUAUGACCCGUCCGUCUGCUUUGUCAUUUUGUAUGGAAACGACUUUAAACUCAAAACUUUGUCUGUUGCUGCUGUAAAUGCAGAUGAGUUCCAGAUCUGGAAGUUGGGGCUCCAGAAGCUGGAGAGAAGUGCUAAAGAGGCUCCAUAUCAGCUUCAGCUGGAGAGAUGGCUGCGGCGAGAAUUUUACCUCAUGGAGAAACAGGGAGCUGAUGCGGUUACCCUGAAAAAUGUCAAGGCGUGGAUGCCAAGAAUAAACUACAAAACAACAACUAAUAAAUUACGGGAAAAAUUUCAGGAAGUUUCCAGAAAUGAUGAUCAGCUUUCCUAUGAAGGAUUCGCAUCUUUGUUUCACAAACUCGUACACGUCCCCGAGAUUAUUACAAAUUAUGUUGUCGAUUACUGUGGUGAGAACAGUGGUGAAAGAAUCAUCAUGCCAGAGGAGUUUAAAAAAUUCCUUUUAGAAGAACAAAAGGAAAAAGUUGCAGAAAACAUGGGUAAUGUGAAAAACUUAAUGGUGAAAUUCCUUGAGGACCCCAUGAGGCACAGAGGAAAUGUGUACUUCACAGACAUGGAGUUUGAGGAUUAUUUAUUUUCUAAAGACAACCAGGUUUGGGACACUCAGUAUGACAAGGUAUAUCAGGACAUGGCACACCCUCUCGCCCACUACUGGAUUGCCUCCUCACACAAUACAUAUCUAACUGGGGACCAGAUAUCUAGCGAGUCCUCUGUAGAGGCGUACGUCCGGGUCCUUCGAAUGGGUUGUAGGUGUAUUGAAUUGGACUGUUGGGAUGGACCCGAUGGAUACCCCAGUAUAUACCACGGUCACACGCUCACCUCCAAAAUCAAGUUCCUUGAUGUGUUACGUGCCAUUAAAGACCAUGCUUGGGUGGCCUCAGACUACCCCCUGAUUUUAUCAUUAGAGAACCACUGUGGUUUAGGACAGCAAAGAAACAUGGCCAUGGCUUUCAGAGAUACAUUUGGCAGUGAACUUUUGAUUGAGCCAGUAGAUGGAGAUUUUAAAAAGCUGCCAUCUCCAGAACAGUUAAAGAGAAAAGUCAUUCUCAAGCACAAGAAGCUUCCGAGUGAAGGCCGGAGUGCUGAGCUGGUGGAGGUGAGAGUGGAUGAUGUGACAAGAGAUGGCGAUGUGUCAAAUUCAGUCAGGACUGGUGUCAUGUACUUAGAAGACCCAAUAGAACAUCAAUGGCACCCCCAUUUCUUUGUGCUGACCCCAAUAAGAAUGUUCUGGACCAAAGAGACGACUCAGAGUGACGACGAGGAAGAGCCGGAUGACAAUGCUCCACCAGAGGGAGGGAAAAAGAAGGUGGGGGAUAGACCUCAGGAUGAGCUACACUUCGGAGAGAAGUGGUUCCAUGGGAAGCUGGAGGGGGGUCGGAGGACAGCCAUUGAACUCUUGAACGAGUACAGUUACCUAGGGGACGGCACUUUCCUGGUCAGGGAGAGUGAUACAUUCAUUGGGGACUUCUCCCUCUCAUUUUGGAGAAGAAACGCAGUGGAACACUGUAGAAUAAAAUCCAAACAGGAUAUGGGCCAAGUGAAAUAUUACUUAAUAGAGACAACUUUGUUUGACAGUCUUUAUGAUUUAAUUACGUAUUAUCAACAAGUGCCCCUUAGGAGCCCCAGUUUUGUGAUGAAACUGACAAAACCUGUGCCUCAGUUGAAGAGUCAUGAAGAUAAGGAGUGGUACCAUGAUAACCUCAGUCGUGCGGCAGCCGAAGAUAUGCUGAAGCGGAUACCUAACGACGGGGCUUUCUUGAUUCGGAGAGGCCAGGCAGGGGACAGCUAUGCUAUCUCGUUCAGGGCUGAUGGAAAAAUCAAACACUGUCGAAUUGAACUGGACGGCAGACUCUUUGCCAUUGGGUCAGCCGAGUUUGAAAGCUUAAUAGAUUUGGUGAAAUAUUAUGAGAAAAAUCCACUCUACAAUAAAGUGAAAUUAAAAAUCCCGGUCAGUCAAAGCUUGGUGGACUCAAGAGGAGCUAAUCCACGGCAAAUUGAUGAAAGUUCUUGUACAGCUUAUAUAAACCCCAAUGAGUUGUCAAAGGUGUUCCUUAAUGGUAACGGUGAUGAUCAGUUGUAUGGGGACGGAAUUUACCACCAACCCAAUGAGAUCAUUCAGCCACCAAAGUUGAAAGUGAGAGCCAUGUAUGACUACAAUGCCAGUCGCAGUGAUGAGCUGUCAUUCAGCAAAGGAACCAUCAUCACCAAUGUCACCAAAACAGACAAUGGAUGGUGGCGGGGGGAGACGGCCACCACUCGCGGCCCCAUGUUGUUUCCCGGACACCUGGUAGAGGAGGUGGUAGAGGAGGAGACUGACCAGCAACCCCUGGGUACCCUCCAGAAGGGCUCCCUGGACAUACAAGGCUGUCGUACAGAUCGCACUGGUCGGCCAGACAAGCCCUACAUGUUCAAGAUUUUCUCACGCUCCAUGCCUAACCCGAUAGAGGUGGCGGUGGACUCGGAGGAACAGCUCAAUCAGUGGCUGGACAGUAUCGAUCAGUGCACCACCAAAAUGGCAGGGGAGAAAAUUGUGGACAAAAUGAUGGAAAAGAGAAAGUGUCUGGCGAGGGAGCUGUCCGAUCUGAUUAUUUACGCUGUGGCUGUGCCAUUUGAUCAUGAGAAGGUGUUAAAGAAGAUGUCACACAUAGCCGAAAUGUCGUCCUUCUCAGAGAUCAAGAUAGAAAGAUACUGCUCUCAGACAUAUUCCCAUUUCUUUCUACAUUAUAACAGAAUUCAGUUGAGUCGCUGCUAUCCAAAAGGAGCUCGAGUGGACUCGUCGAACUAUGACCCCAUGCCGAUGUGGAACGUGGGAUGUCAGAUGGUCGCCCUGAACUACCAGACUCCAGACCGUUCCAUGCAGCUGAACGAAGGCAGAUUCCUGAAUAACGGGAAAUGUGGCUACGUCCUACAGCCCGACAUCAUGAGGAGACCCGAGUUUGAUCCGUGCAAUAAGCAGUCUAUACGAGAUGUUGAACCAUUAACCUUAUCUGUCAAGAUAAUUGGAGCUAGACAUCUUGUGAAGUCUGGGAAAGGAAUCAUAAGCCCUUUUGUUGAGAUUGAGAUUACUGGACUUGACAAUGAUAAGAGCAAAUUCAAAACUACAACAAGUCCCUCUAAUGGACUUAACCCAAUAUGGAAGGACAACAACAGUGGAAUCUUUGACCUCAUUUGUCCAGAAAUGGCCCUCAUCAGGUUUGUGGUGUACGAUGAGGACACAUUUGGAGAGCCAAACUUUGUGGGUCAGGCCACCUAUCCUGUGACUUGUCUCAAAUCUGGUUACCGCAGUGUUCCUCUAAAGAAUGGUUUCUCUGAGGAGAUGGAAAUGGCAGCUUUAUUGAUCCAUGUGGACAAGAGAAAUCCAAAGGAGUCUGACGACAGUGAUAUAUACUCAUGCAUACAAGAUCUACGAGACAGGAAGGACGAUCUGGUCACUAACAUUAAUGAGCUGAGGCGAACAGGGAACAUGGAGCGAGUGUCCAGACUGGAGGAGGACCUCCGCGAGACGGAACAGAGCCUGCUCCAGAAGAGUGCCGAGAGGCGACAGAGAAAUGCUAAAAAGUAGUGAGAUAAAGUGGACCACACUAUUAGAAGCCCCCUGUUUAAUAUUCGCCAGCACACGACCCAUUGUGUACAGUAGAAGUUCAAACAGUUAGAGAUUUCACGACCUUGACCAAAAACACACAACUCAUCCCCUUAUUGACCUUACCAUCUAACCUGUGAUACACUCUGUUGCCAUAGCAAUGACCUCUUAACUUGUAUCUGCUGAUGUACUAUAGAUGUUGAGACAUUUUUUUGUCUAGUGCUCGAUUGCCUUGCCUUGUUUUUUCUCUCUCUCUCUAUCUCUCUCUCUCUCUCCAUUUUUGUGCAGACUUCAAAACUGUGUGAUAAACAAUGUGCAUUGAUUUAUGACUCUUUAUUUUUUAUGUUUGUUUUUAUUACUAUUAUUAUUAUUAUGAAUUAUUCUGGGUGCAGGGAGGGAGUAUCAUAGGGGUGGGUAACUUGACGGGAAUUUUUUUUUAAUGUUUAAAGUAAAUUGUGAUUUACAAAUUGUUGUAUUUAGGAUGUACAUGAGUAUAUAUACUGGUGCAUAUGCAUGUAUUUGCACUAAUGCUGAGUGGAAUAACUUUGUACAUUUUCAUUACCAGCGAAUGAUUUCAUGAUUUUGUUGUUGAUAGUGGAACAAUUGUAGAUACUUAUUUGUCUCAACAGUAUAUGAAUUCAUAGUUGUACCUUCAUGUACUAGUUCCCCUCUAAAUGACACAAUGCCAUGUUUAAUGACCUGGUAAUCGGGCCAGGUCGUAUGAAAUAAAAUUGUCUCAAUUGAGAACAAUA